AUCAAUAUUGAAAAUAGGUACUACCUUUUCAGAAACAUUGACACAACGGAAAAUUGCCUCAGGAUGGCAUUUAGGAAGAACGGAUAUUGUGUCGGUGCUUUGAUUGGUUACUGUGCUCUGGUGAUCAUACCUGUCGUACACCUAGCUGUCGUAUACAGCUACUGGAGUGAGAAAGCAUAUGUAGACACUGAACAAUGUACAUGCUCCUGUUGGGACACUAUCUUCAAAGGUUCUUAUGAAACUCACUUCUCUGGAUAUAAACACAUUUACAUCAAUGUUACAUCAAAUACUUUGAAAAUCUGGAUGCUUACCAUGUUAGCAGUAUUGUGCCUCUAUGAAUCCAUAAAGUACGUCGUUAAACUGACCUACAAGGGAACGAUUAGAAUAACAAUGCUCGCAGCCUUCGUGAGCUCUAUAUAUCCACAUUAUUAUACCUGGUGGUCAUUUCUCAACUAUUGGAACGAUGAAUUCUACGACCAGUGGAAUCACCAGGUUUUCUUUAGCACAACUGAGCUAGCGUCAACUAUUGUGACGUUAUUAUUACUAAAUACAGAAGACAAACAUGAAAUAAGAUACAGGAUACUGCUAUUAUUAAUAAUGAUCAAUGUUGGUGUCAUACAUAUUUUAACAGCUGGAACUGACCAGUUAUUUGUUAAUGUGGUGGCUGGGGAAUGGCAUCAAAAGACAAGAGAUUUAGGAUUCCUUAUUGGAGAUAUUGUAUCAAUAGCUGCAGCAUUUUUGGAAAUAGGAUUCAUUACUAGACAUAGACCACUGAGGGAAUGCAUCAAAGAUGAAGAUGCUUUCAUCUCUUGUCUAUUUAUCAUAUUUAUGUGGUUUCUAGCAUCACGUUUGUGAUCAUUAUAAAAAGAUCUUAGGACAUGCUAAUAUAAUGACGAUACCCCAGGUCAUAAAAUCAAAUGUAAUACUUUGAGUAAAUUAAAAAUUGUGUUUAAAAAAUAUGUAUAUCCAGUUUGUUUGUUAAUAUUUAUAUUUAUUAACUCAUUUGAAAUAGAAUAAUUAUGUCACCACUACCAGCAGUGGUGACAUAUUGUUAUAGGAUCCAACUUUU